CCUCUCCGAGAGUUGUAGUUGUGAGAGCAGGUCCAACGUUAGCUUGUAGUUCUUUGCCCCGGGAGGCUAAAUUUGCUGGCUAACUGGCUUUCACAGCUUGACAAAAAUCAUCUCUGUUACCCGCUAUCGUUUGAGAGGAGUCCACCGUCUGGAGAGAUCAUGUCAGAUUUCUCGCUGGAAGAUGCCUUAGGAGACAGCACCCCAAGCCAGGCAAAGAAAUCAGCGAACCCUAACCCAUCUGCCCCUGCCGCCAACCCUCCACCUUCUUCAAACCCAGGAUGGCCUGGCUCAGCCCCAGGAGCUCCCACCCAGCCCUCCGCUCCGGUUGACUUUGCCGGCGGAUCAUCUGGCCCAGGGGCGCCGGGGCAUUUCCCAUUUUCCUCUGGUCCUGGAGCACCAGGGCAAUAUCCAGGACCUCCUUCAGCGCCUGGUGGGUUCCCGCAUGGUCAAGGGAUACCUGGACAAUAUCCACCUGCACCAGGAGCUCCAGGGCAGUUUCCCUCCAGCCCUGGAGCCCCUGGUCAGUUCCCUGGUCAGUUCCCUGGCCAGUUCCCUGGCCAGUUUCCCGGGCAGUUCCCUGGCCAGUUCCCUGGGCAGUACCCACCUGAAGGAGCUCCAGGACAGCUACCUGGAGGCCCUGUUUCUUACCCAACUGGACCAUUUCCUUCUGGCCCUGGAGCUCCCUCUGGGCCUUAUCCAAAUGUGCCUUUCCCAGGAAGUCAGCCAGGAGGAGGCAAUGGGAUGUACGGACCCGGUGGUCCAGGUGCAUUCCCCCCUCCAGCUGGCCCUGGCUCAUUCCCUGCCUUCCCUGCUGGAGGCUUUCCCCCAAUCCCUCCUGGAUCAUGGGGAUCACCUGCAGGUGGAGGCUUCCCUUCUGCCCCAAGCCCCUUUGGUCCUGGCCCGGGGUCUAUGGGUUCAUAUGGUGGGCCUGCAGCUCCAGGAGGCAUGCUGAUGGUGCCGUACGAUCUCCCUCUUCAUGCUGGAAUUAUGCCACAACUUUUAAUCACAAUAGUUGGAGAACCCAUUCCUGGUGCAGACAGGUUCCAAGUUGACUUCAUCAAAGGCCCAGAUGUCGUCUUUCACUUCAAUCCUCGAUUUCCUGAGCAAACAAUUGUCAGAAACUCCAAUCUAGGUGGAUGCUGGGGGCCAGAGGAGCGAGAAGGAGGCUUCCCAUUUGUUCAGGGACAGAGGUUUGAGCUGAAGAUCCUUGUGGAGGAGGACAUGUUUAAAGUGGCGGUGGACGGCACCCACCUGCUGGAGUACGAGCACAGAGUCGGCGGGCUGGAGGAAGUGACCCUGCUGCGAGUGACUGGAGACAUCAUCCUCCACAGUGCCGCCCCAAGUUUGAUCUGAAUCUCAGAGCCACUAAACCACAUGCUGUACAGGAGGCCUGGGUCGAACUUCACCACCGUAUUUGAAAUCGUUUCAAAUACCUUGAUGGAGUUUUUGAGGCACAAUAGUCAGCAAAUUGCCCACCUGGCACUUUGUCAUUUACUACAGAACAGAUGGAAGAUUAACCCAGGUCUGCGCACUGCAGUGCUUUUUCUGAAUGACAUCUCAUUUUUUAGCCACUCACAAUCCAAUAUAUUUUAGGACAUAACAGUUUCCAAGUAGUGAAUGAGAUAAAGUGCAUCUAAAACAAGCGUUGUAAGGAAAUAUUAAUUUAUACCUAAUGAAAAGAUUGUAGGCCAAGUGGAAAAGUAUGAUGACAAAUAUUUCAUACAGUUUCCACUAGUAUGCUGUAUUUUGUUUACAGUAUGUGUAUGUUUAUUAUUCUGUCCUUUAUAUCAAUAUAUUGAUAAGCCUUUGUAAUGCAUGAGAAUGUGCUGCUGAAAAUCAACUUGGUCUCCUUUUCAACGUCUUACUUCAGUGCUGGCCGACAU